GUGUUUUCAACGUGAUUCAGGCGGGCGAUUUGAGUUUAGCGGCGCUUGUUGUGGCUGGAGUUAGCGGUAUUUUUAACAGGUUUUGGACAAUUUUGUGCCUUCAAUUUGAGCAGAAAGGACCAAGCGAUGCCUCUGGAAAUAAUGAAGGAGUUGGAUGGUGGUAACGAGCCGCAGAGGAGACGGUCGGCGCGGUUAAGUCCUUCACAGACAAAUCAAACAAGUGACAACAAAAUGGCGCCUUCAGCUGCUUUUGUGAAACGCCGCAUCACAGUGAAGAAAAUAGCGCCCAGAAAAAACACUUUAGCCCCGUCAGAGCACGACAAGGAGAACACGCUGAAGAGAGCAGCUUCGGAAGGAGUCCAGGUGAAAAAACAGAAGAUUUCUACACCCGACAAAGUCCAAACUCGAAACAGUUCCUCUGGGAAGAAGCCAAAGGCGUCCACCAUACCCUCACCCAUCCUCCCAUCUCCUCCUCCACCUCUCACUGCCAAGAUCCCCAAAGUCCAGACCAGAGCCCGGACCCCAGAAAUCCAGACCAAGAACCAAACCCCAAAAGUUCAGACCAGGAAGCAGACCCCGAAAGUCCAGACCCAAACCGAGGAUCAAAACCAUCAGCCUGACCCAGUAGACAUGGUUUGGUCUCAAAAAGUCCGGCGUUCCUACAGCCGACUCAGCGACACAUCCCUAAACAGCCCUAACUCUCGCCUCACACUCUUUGGUUUCGAAAAACUCCAAACUCCAGAAGUGAUCCGUAAAGAUGGGAACAAAUCAGGUCUGGAAGCUUCUGGAUCCUUCUCGACACUCCCUUCAUUCAUGUCUUUGUUAGAGGCAGAGGAUUGUGCUGCUGAACCAGAUCUGAACAUCCCAGGAGUGGUGGUGGUCAAACAGAAAAGGAGGAGGAAGAAGGUGCAGUGCAUUGACAAUAACGAAAUUGAGGAACUCGCUGCAAAAAUGAACGCAGAAUUUGAAGAGGCCGAGGAGUUCGAGCUGUUUGUGGAGUGAAGAUGUUUAGAGCAUUGGAUGUGGAAAAUAGAACGCAAUCAGGCAAAACAUUUAGACUGUCUGAGACAAUAUCUGAAUAUGUGCGUGUGGUCUGUACACUAUCGGUUCUUCCUUGGACUAAAUCAGGACUGAACCAGGAUUUAAGCAAGACUAACUUUUUGACAUGCACUGACCCAGUUGUCUUGACCAGUGAUUCUUAACUGUAUAGGGCUAUGAGUGCCACCUUGGGGUAAAUAAUAUAUUGCAGUUAAAGUGUGAAUGGGCAGAUUACAAUUUCCAGAAAAAACAUUAAGCAAAAAGAUUUUUUUUUAAAAGAACUAAACUCCUGGACUAUUAUGAUUUAUCAAACUCUGAUCCUUCUUUUUAUAUCGACUUGAACACGUCGACUUUAAAGAGUAAAGGUUCAAAUGCUCUUCAUCUCUUCAUUUCAAACAACCACCAUGUUUUUUCACUUCACUCUGUUCAGUUGUUGUGACGUUUUGUUUGACAAUUCCAAAAAAUGUUGGAAAUGACUAUUAUAAUUGUAUUAGAUUUGUGUAUUUCUAUUUUCCAUUUUAGAACCGUUUAUGUUGUAAAGCAGCGAUUCUCAAGAUGGCAGAGUGUCAUGUAGCUUGUAGUUGUGUGCGGCUGAAGAAAGGUUAAAGAUUUUGUAUUCAGUGAUGGAGUAAAUCUAGAAACAUCACUGACCAAAAUGGGAUGUUUUCUUUGUAAAUAAAUUAUCAUUUCUGUAA